GCCUGGCCUGGUGCUGUGCUGGUUCCUGCUCUGCGUCUCCCUGCAGCCACACUCCCCGCACAGGGCGUCAGCCGUCAACCUGCGGCGCUUCAUUGGAUGUGCCGUCCGGGAAUUCACCUUCCAGGCCAGAAAGCCUGGCUGCGGGGGGCUGCACAUCACCACCGACGCCUGCUGGGGGCGCUGUGAGACCUGGGAGAAGCCCGUCCUGGACCCUCCCUUCGUCGAGUCCCACCAGCGUGUCUGUACCUACAACGAGACUCGCCUGGUGUCUGUGAAGCUGCCAAACUGCCAGCCCACCGUGGACCCCACCUACACCUACCCCGUGGCCCUGAGGUGUGACUGUGGUGUGUGUCUGACCAGCACCACUGAGUGUAUAACAUCUGUCUGA